CUAUGUUUCUACUCUAGCUAACUUCACACUGGUUCCGCGUGUUGAUACUGAAGAGAGGAUCGAGGAGAAACAAGUUUUUCGCAUCGCAGAGACCCAAACUAAGGCUAAAACCAGAGGAAAAUGGACAUGAAGAAGAGGGUCUCCUUAGAGCUGAGGCACCGGUCGCCGACAGAAGUCCAGGAGCUGGUUCUGGAUAACUGUCGCUCGGGCGAGGGGAAGAUCGAAGGAAUCACAGGAGAGUUCUCGAAUCUGGAGCUGCUCAGCCUCAUCAAUGUCGGCCUGACCAGCGUAGCAGACAUCCCCAAACUGGACAAACUCAAAAAGUUGGAGUUGAGUGACAACAGGAUAUCAGGCGGCCUGGAGGUCCUGGCAGAGCGGCUGGUGAACCUAACGCACCUCAACCUCAGCGGGAAUAAGUUCAAAGACAUCAGCACCCUGGAGCCCCUGAAAAAGUUGCCCCAGCUGAAGAGUCUCGACCUGUUUAACUGCGAGGUGACCAACCUGGCCGACUACAGGGAGUCCAUCUUCAAGCUCCUCCCCCAGCUCACCUACCUGGACGGCUACGACAUCGACGACUGCGAGGCCUCCGACUCCGACGGAGAGGGAGACGGAGUCGAUGACGAGGACGAAGAAGAGGGUGAGUCAGAGGACUUUGAGGAAGAGGAGGAGGAGGAUGAGGAGGAAGUAGUGGCAGAAGAUGACGACGACGACGAUGACAGUGGCGACGAUGAGGACGGAGAGGUGAACGGAGAUGUGGACAGUGAGGACGAUGACGAGGAUGAGGAAGAUGAGGAGGAUGAUGACGAAGACUCGUCACCGGCCAAAGGAGAGAAGAGGAAGAGGGAUCCUGAAGACGAGGAUGAUGAAGAUGAUGAUUAAGGACCCGUGGAGACUCUGCAAACCCUUUUGACCUUUCCCCCCGGUGACUCUCCCCAUCCCCCACCGACGCUCGCCCUCCUCCUCUAACUCCCCCGCUCGGUCGGCUCCUAGGCUGCGUUCCAUUUCCGAAACUGGUCUCCUCCCACUGCGCCCUUGUCAGCCCCCCCUCCCGCAGACCGAAACGCCUGUCUGCAACUUCCGUUAAUUUAAAAACAACAACAAAAAAACACCCAACUUCUCAUAUUUCUUUCUUUUUGUUUUAUCUUCUCAUCUCUCAAAAGAUUGUUUCUAAGUUCUGGCUUUUAAAAUUCAUAUUAUCACCAGAUCCCAAAUAUUCCUCAACGGCAGAGUCCGUUCGCUUCCGCUGACGGACAAAACGUACAAAUAACAUUUUUAAAGUCACCUAAAAGUCUCUGACAGUCAACCCAGAAUAACUUCCUGUUGAUAAAGUUUAUUACUUUUCUGGCAUCUGUGUGUUUUUGUGGCGGCACUUUUUUUUUUUUGUCAACUCAGGAAUAACCCACGAGCGCUUCAGAUUCCCAAAACAGAUCGGAUCUCCAGCUGACGGUUGUUUUCAUUAUCGAUUUAAUCCGACGAUCAUUGUCUCAGCUGAUCGUUUUGUCCAUAAAAUGUCAGGAAAUUUGUGAAAAACGCUCAUUAUAAUUUCCCAGAGCAGAAAGCGACGUCUUCAAAAGUCAAGUUCUGUCCAGCCGACGGCCCAAAACACAAAGAUAAUCCGUCAACUAUCGGAUACAACAAAGAGGAGCAGAAAUCCUCACGUUUUAGAAGCUGGAACCAGAGAAUCUUUGGCGGUUUUGUUUAGGAAAAAAAAAAGAUUACUUAAUUAUCAUUAAUUGUCCAUAAAUAUGUCAAUCAACUGAUCGUUUCAGCCGUACAACGGAUUAAGAUGUGCAGAGCACCUCGUUGCUCAUUAAUUAGCAAACGUGGGGAGACGCUGAGCAACAAAGUGCCUCUGACGUUAACAGGACUCUGAAACAUGGACCAACUGAUUGAUUGAUCAAAAUUUCAUUUCACAGAAGCCGCUUAAGCUGAGUUGGUUAUUGAUUUUUGGUGUGAAAUCUGACAGAAUAUGUAGUGACGAGGCGUUUGGCGACCGUGACUUGCGUUCUAAAAACAAAAAAAACGCACAUUUGCGAACCAGAACCUCGGGCGAGAGGUUAUUUUUCUCCUCGGGAAAAUGUGAUACGCCAACAGAAUUUUUUUUGCGCGUCUCGGGACGUAAAGCCGCCAGGUGGCGUCUGCGUUUCCUGAAAACGCACGAACAGUGCAUGAUGGGAAUUUUUGGAUGAUUUUAACUCCUAAUUCUCGCUCCGGUAACGAGACGUGAAUGCGUCCCGAGUCAAACGAAGCGUCACAGAGGUGAGAUUUCGUACAGAAGGCCAGAGAAGACGUUGAUAAAGAUACUUUUUCUCAAGAUUAAGUUAUUUUGUGUAGUUUUUCUUUUUUUUUUUGAGAUCACAAACUAUCUCGAUCGCGAUAUAAAUUUUCAAAAUCUUUUUUUGGGGGGGUAAUAUUUUGCCGGUACGCAACGUCAGAGUUUCCGCAUGACCGUGGAAUAAUUACUUUGUGUAAACGUGAAAACAAAGCUUAACUAGUUUGGGCUCGCGUCUGUGGAAGGAGGCGAAACAAGAGCUCAUGGGAGUAAACGGCACAAAAGAUAAACCAAACCCUGAACUCCCCCCAACGCCCCUGUGUGACAUCACCACUCUGGGACUAAACCAGCAGCUAUGAUGUCAUCACCGCGCUCUGUGAUGUCAUCAGCCUACUGAACAUCCCCUCCCAAAAACCACCCUCCCUCCCCGAGGCCGAGCGCGCUCAGGGCAAACUGUGUUCUCUCUUUUUUGCCAACAGAGCUUUUUAAAAGAAAUAUUUUUUCAGAGAAAUUGUUUUUGUUUAAUUUUGUAUGGUUGUCUGGGGACUCUCUCUCUCUCUCUGCCUCUCUUUCAUUUCUCUUCCUGCUCAGUAGAGAGAUCCAGUUGAUCCUUCACACUUACACUGACUAGUUGAGGUUGUGUUUUCUUUUUACUAUUAUUAUUAUUUUUUUUUGUUUUUUUUUUUUUUUUUUACUUUCUGUAAGUUAAAGGAAAAACAAACCAAAAAAAAAAAAAAAAAAAAAAACACACACACACAAACAAACAAAAAGGACUUUGUAAAUAAAAUCUUAACAUUUUGCUCCUGG